AUGGUGUGUGAUCGUGUUAUUUAUCAUCCAACGCUCACUAAAUUGAUCAAACUAUUGGACUCGACGGCUGGGAGAGAGAAGGUCUUGCGUUUGUUGCAGUACUUGUGCCGUUUCUUGGGCUUUCAAUAUUCUUCAUUCCUGGCUAAAAAGUUGCAGACUGAGUUCACAACCAUUCGUAAGGUUUUAAGAUUUCUCAAGCCCCUCAACCAUUUGCAGAGCGCUUCGAAAUUUUAUGAUAAUAAGAUAUCGGGAGACGACUUAGUGCGCUGGUGCAAUAUCCUGAAGAAUUUAGCGUAUGCUGGAUAUCUUACAUUGGACCAAGUGAAUUUACUUCGUAUCCUAAAGGUUGUUCCUGUAACAAAGUUAACGGGAAUCAAGAUCCCUCGCUGGACAAACUGGUUCUGGUUCGUAGGACUAGUUUGUGGAAUUGUGAUGGACCUCCGCAAUAUUCAGUUAUCUCAAGUCCGCAUAAAGUCACUGUUAUUGGAAGAAGAUAAUGAUGAAAAGAAGCUACUGUCAAAAACAUAUCAAGAUAGAGCGUCUGCCUGUAGGAGACUACUUUGGGACGCGAUCGAUACCUACAUUGUCCUCAACAAUUUGAAGUAUGUCCAUUCACAAGAUGGAUCGAUUGGUUUGGCAGGUGUGGCAACAUCAUUAUUUGGUCUUCAAAGCAUGUGGUAG